AUGAGCAUCCCCGAGUCACGAUCUCUGCAGUAUAGUUCGUUAAGCUGCGAUGAGGCCAACGCAAUUAUUCAUUGGCGGCGCAACAUUGACCAAACCAUUACCUGCAUGCCAACGAGCCAAACAGACGGGGCCAGGGUUAUCGGGGCGAGCGAGUUCCCUCCGACGGCUCCCAAGGAUUUGUCAAAAGCGAGUAUUGAGAACUGCGCCCAUGCGACCCCCGAGGCCAUCGAGGCAGAAAAGGUGGCGCACUCUGACGUCUUAUCUACGAACAGAAACCCAAGAAGGACAACGAAGCAACUCCAACCCGUCCCGCAACUCUUUUACAUCAAGACUUACCGGGGCAUGUCAGGAGACGCGGAGCUUUCCGAGGAGUCAUGGACCGAGGACCACCACCGCAUCCAAUUCAAGUUCCGCUAA